CCUGUGGCUUCUCGCACGUCCAACAAGUGGAGGUUGGGCCGCUAUGUAUGGCUCUAUGCUCAACCAACCUGCGUUUCCUACAGUACCUUCGCUCGUCGCCCCCCAACUCAACAUCGCACCCCACAUACCCCUCGAUACCUCACCACAAUGCGUUUCCCUAUCGUCCUGGCCGCCGUCGCCGCCGCCACCGCUGGCUCGGUGGUCGCCUUCCCCUUCUGCGAGAACGACGCUAAUGCCGUCAGCGAGGUCAAAGUCUACGGCAACCAGAAUUCCGCCCUCGGCUACCAGCUAACCAUCAAAGAAGGCACCCCACCCUUCGACCCCAACACUCCCAUCGAAAUCCUCCUCGACGGCGCCGGCAUGCAAUUCUCCUCCCUCCAGCUCUACGUCUCCGACUCUCGCUACUCAAAGAACCACACGGGCAAAUGGGUCGACUUCGGCUCCGAAUACACUCUGCUCGACGGAGCCCAGACCACUCCGCCUACAGCCAACACGAAAUUCGGCGCGGCGGAUAACGCCGGGUGCGAGAAAUACGGCAAGGGCGCGACCUUGUCGACUACUAGCGUCGAUGCGAAGAAAUUGCCGGCAAAGUUCCAUUGGUUGCCACCACCGAAUCAGCCCGCGGGAUCCUUGACGAUCUGGGGGCUUGUGGUGCAGGACCAGGCGAAUGGGUUCAAGGUUGUCAGCGCGGGGCCGAUCUCCGCGGCGAACCCGUACCCGGCGGUGAAGAGCGAUGCGGCGACCGUGUCGGUUGGGGCGGCGGCGAUUGUCUCGUUGGUUGCUGGAGUUGCGCUCAUGUCGAUGUUCUGAGUUUGUGUGGAUGCGAUGUCUGAGGAAGGCGUAUAUCGCAGUUGCCGUUGCGACAUCUGGAAGGCGUACUAUCCGACUCGAUUUGUGGACUUUCGUAGAUUUGUGCUGAUGAUGUGUUUUGCGUCUGUAGAAGAACGCUGUAGAGAAAGACUUUGAGCUGUAGACCACCCCCACGUACUCUGUAGCAGCAAUGUAGAUUUUAUUGUUUCCAGCCCUCAUAGUGUGUCGUAGUACCACCUUCCUGGGAUCUCUAUCCAUCUAGGGAGACUUUAAUCCUUAUAACUACCGAAUAGCCAGACCUCUAAUUGCAGUGAAGACCGGAUCAUGGU